CGCCAUUUCAGUAGGUGGCGGUAAUGCGCACCAGAAAGGUUUCUUGCUAACCGCCAUUAAACAAAAGAAGAAGAAUAGGCAGACGAAGAUGAAACUCGCCGUUAAACCUUAUUCAUUCUCUUCUUGGUGACGUCUCGUCGCCUCGUGAUUUGUCGUGGUGCAUAGCUAUACAUAUUUGGUCCACAUUACAAGAGGAAGCAUGAGCAGCAUGGCUGAAGGCCUGAGUCUUCAUGCUCAAUGCUGUGAUAAAACAACGGUCUCCAGCCAUCUUGCAGACACUCGUGAGCUCUCCAAGCCGCCUCUUCAAGGACUGAAAUUGGCAUCCCAUGCGGUGCUGGAGAAAGUGCAACAGAGGGGCAGGUCAAAGUGUGCUAAAUGUGGAGGAUCAAGGAUGUUCUUCUGCUACACAUGCUGCUUAUUAGUGGACGUCAAUCUGCAAGAAAUCCCCACCGUCAAGCUUCCAGUAAAGAUAGACAUCAUCAAGCACCCUAACGAGACAGAUGGCAAGAGCACUGCUGUUCAUGCCAAGAUUCUUGCACCGAGCGAUGUCACCAUAUACACCUACCCCUGCAUUCCUGAGUUUGAUCAAGACAAGGUUGUGUUGGUGUUCCCUGGUCCAGGCGCUGUCACAGUACAGGACAUGAUGCAAUGUUUGCACGAGAAGACAUUUGACCCCUCUGGUGAACCGUGGUUAAAGAGGCGGAAAAUAGACAACGCAACAGCGGCCACACACACUGCAGAGGACCCAGAGUCAGGGACCACAAAUGAAACAAAAUGCUCAGAAUCAAGGGCACAUCCCCUUCAAAGGGUGGUCUUCAUCGACAGCACAUGGAACCAGACCAACAAAAUCAGCACAGAUGAGAGGCUACAAGACCUGCUACAAGUGGAGCUGAAAACGAGGAAAACAUGUUUCUGGCGCUCUCAAAAGGGCAAACCAGACACCUACCUGGCGACUAUUGAAGCGAUCUACUAUUUCCUCAAAGACUUUCAUGAGCAAUGCCUUGCUCAAGACUACAAUGGAGAGUACGAUAACCUUCUCUUUUUCUACUCCUACCUGCAUUCUGUGGUCAACAAGUCUAUGGCUGGAAAGAGGGAAUCUGACAGAAGAAAAGAAAAACUGUAAGACUAAGCUUGGACAUCCUUUUUUCAAGUUUAAUUUUUUGUCUGGGACAGUAUUUUGAGUUAAAUGGACAGUGACACAUUUUGAUCGUGUUCAUCCAUCCAUCCAUUUUCUAAAAUUAAAAUGGUUUACAAUGACACAUAAGCCUGGUUGCUACGUGAAAACAAUUAUUGACAGUAGAAUAAACAUGGCUCUAAAACUAA